AUGCCCUCCACUUCGACCGAGUCCCCUCCCGACGCGUCUCCCGCACAGAAUGGCGUGAACGCCGUCCAGCAGCCCGACGUGCCGACUGCCGCCCAUGGUCCCGCGUCCGAUGAGAACGGUGCAAUUCGCGAAGGAAAAUUGAAGGCCAAAGCAGUCCUCGCAGCCUCGGGCGUGCAGAUGGACGCGACUACUACGGAGAAGCAAGAGGGGCGGACUGAGAUGGGCACACCGGCGCAGGGCGAACGGGUCAAUGGCGCGUCGCCGAGUCGCAAACGGUCGCGCUCCGGCUCGCGCAAACCAUCACAAACUCCCACGCGCGAGGCCCCCAUGAACGAGCAAAAGCAAAAGGCUCUGCUGGAUCAAAUGAUCCAGCGCGACCUGAGGGGCGCGUCAUACGUGUUGGAGAAACGGGCCCUCGGCAAGGUUGCUACCGACGAACUCAUGGACGAGAUCAAGUAUUACCAGGAAGUACGCGCGCACAAUCCGGCGCUUGUUUUCGGCCCUGGAUACAGAGGUUACGGCAAUGGCAUCACUGAACUCCCUCCAGUCCAAGGGUUCGCCCUCAAGUACCCCGCGCAUUGCAAACCACCGGCAAACCGUAGAGCAAGACGACUGCCGCUGAUGAAGGGGAAGGUCGAGCUCCAAUCAGAUGUCGUAGAAGAGCUAAUUCCUGUACGGUUGGACAUUGAGCUGGACAAGAUAAAGCUGCGAGAUACUUUCACAUGGAACUUGCAUGACCGGUACACUACUUCACAGCUAUUCGCUGAGCAUCUAGUCGAGGAUUUUCGAGUUCCUCUCGAGAUACGGGAGCCCGUGAAGCAGCAGGUCAACCGCGAGAUCCAAGAGCAGAUCCAGGACUUUUACCCGCAUGCCUUUUUCGACGAUGACGCGCUUGAUCUGACUCUACCGUACGCUGCGUACAAAAACGACGAAAUGCGGAUAUUGAUCAAGCUGAACAUCGCGAUUGGACAGCACACACUUGUGGAUCAAUUCGAAUGGGAGAUCAACAACCCGCACAAUUCACCAGAGGAAUUUGCGAGACAGACUGCGGCUGACCUUUCGUUGUCUGGAGAAUUCACAACAGCUAUCGCACAUUCGAUACGAGAGCAAUGUCAGAUGUUCACGAAGAGCCUGUACAUCACUGGCCAUCCAUUUGACGGGCGGCCCGUUGAAGAUACGGACAUCCGAGACAACUUCCUACCUUCCCCCAUCCCAUCCGUCUUCCGACCGAUGCAGUCCGCAAAGGACUUCUCCCCAUAUCUUUACGAAUUGAGCGAGGCUGAGCUGGAGAGGGCCGAACUUUCUAUCAUGCGCGAGCAGCGGCGGCAGAAACGUUCGGUGAACCGGCGCGGAGGACCAGCGUUGCCAGACCUCAAGGACAGGCAACGUACUGUCCGCACUCUAAUCGUCUCGUCUGUUCUGCCUGGUGCUGCCGAGACCAUCGAAGAGAGCCAACUCUUCAAGGCUGUGCGGAAGGCUAGGGAACGUCGCCGCGGCAUGGACGAUGAUUCGGACGAGUCAGAGAGCGACGACUCUGCCCCAGAAUCUCCUGCACCUUCCAUGUUGACUGGUGGGACGGCACGAACACGAGGCAUGCGCGGAGCGGCCACUGCAGCGCAAGCGGCGAUGCGCUCGGCCAUGGGACGGUCAAUGACGCCUGAGAUUUCUGCUCUACAACAAAGUCAGCAUGAGUCUAGAACAGCGAGACAACUACGAUACGAUGCGCGCGAUGAGAGUGUGGCAUCAGAACCUAACAGGCUGAUUGUCAAGCUCAAGAUAUCACCAGCCAAAUUCCGGGAAUAUCUGCGGAACCCGAAAGCUUACCUCCAGAAGCCUACGUCAACACCACUGAUGGCACAUACACCCACGCCUGCCCGUAGCACACCCGGUGCGAAUUCGAUGCCACCACCUCCUUCACCCGCUGCGCCACCCCGUACUACUCCUGCCCCUGCAGCUUCGUCGGUUGCGACUUCGCCUCAGCCGCCCUCUACCCCAACUCCGACCUCGCAAUCGAACCAAAAAUGGAAUUAUCAUCCUGAUGGUCGAGCGGACGCGCCGUGGCCGAUGCUACAAGGGGCGCAACCUGCUCCCCCACCUCCAUGGCUACAGGAAGCACUCAAGGAGCUGAAGCAAAAGAACCCUGGCGAUCGUUUCGAAGCGACCAUGCGAUAUAGUAUCAUUGACCAGAACACUCUGCAAAGUGUCAAGCCUGACUCAUUCGCGGCAUCAGGAUCGCUGCCUCCGGGCCAUAAAGCACAAUUCGUUCCUAAAAUCCGUUGCCUGGAUUGUCCCGGCAAAUUGUACAAUUCUGGUCCGGGGCAGACGGUCGGCAACUUUCAGACACAUUUUAACAACAAGCUGCACAAGCAGAACGUUGAGAAGCGCAAUGGACCAUGA